AUGGAAAGGCUUGCCUCUGGCUUCUCAUUUUCCCCAGCUGUGGGUGGGGGAUCUGGGACCUCUUACACCAUUUUAGGGGAUGGCCGCAUCACAGCAGUCAGAAUCUGGGAUAAUGGAUACAUCCGUGGCCUCCAGGUCCGUUAUGGAUUCGAAUGGUCGCAACUUGCUGGUUUUACAGGUGGCACCGAGCUUGAGUUUGAGCUGUUUGACGGCGAGUUCAUCGUUCAAGUCUCCGGCAAGUUCUCUCGCUACAUCCAGUCUCUCUUCAUCGUCACCAACAGGGGGCGCUCCAUGAUUGCUGGACAGCCAUCUGGAACUACCUUCAACAUGUACGCCGUCCAUCCAAUGGCCGAGCUGCGAUUCCUGAGCGGCCGCUACAACGGAGGUCUCACCUCUAUCGCCACGCACUGGGCAAUUCUUCCCAUGGGCAACAUGGCCGUAAACGGCACUUCUGAUUAA